AUGACAGGGAUUGUGUUGGUGGCCCUGGCCAUCAGUUCGUGCGAAGGAAGCAGAGGACGAGGGUUGACACCAAGGAGGACUUAUCGACGAGUUUACAGACCAAGGCAGAAGGACAGAGGGGACUCAGGUGGAUUCGGAGGAUACGGGGGAAUGCCCAUUCAAAAUGCAGCCUUUGGAGGCUAUGGGCAUUCCGCACAACCCGGGGGCUACACCUACACAACCUCCUCUGGUAACGGCUACGAUGGAGGAAAAGAUGGUGGAAAUAGCGGCGGAGGAGGACUUUUCGGCCGGGGAUUACAGUUCCUCGGCAGACUCUUCAGGAGGGACAGCGGAAAAGGAAAAGGAGGAGGUGGACAGCAACAUAGCAGUGGGAGCGGAAUCGGCAGUGCCAGCUCAUAUGGCCCCAUCCAUGCUGGUCAAGGAUAUGGUGCCAGUGGUGGAGCAGGAGGGUUGGCUAUCAUGCCUCCCAUUGUCCUUCCAAUAGGGGGCCAUGGAUACGGCGGGAUGCCUAUUGCUGCUCUAGCUGGAGGAUAUGGGGGCCAUGGUCUUGCGUCUCCCAUCGGCUAUGGUUCAGGAGGAGGCUUAGGAGGAGGACUGGGAGGAGGAUUAGGAGGAUUAGGAGGAGGAAUAGGUUAUGCCUCUGUAGGAGGUUACGGCUCCGGAGGAGGAGGUGGCUAUGGUCAUGGCUAUGGGCCUCAAGCUCCAAUCAGCAGCGGUUACAACACCGCUCCAGUCAUCAGCAGCGGUUACAACGCCGCUCCGGUCAUCAGCAACGGUUACAGCGCAUCUCCUAUCGCCAGCCAGGGAGGGAGCAGCAGCUACAAGAGACGAGACUAUUCCCAUCGAAAGGGGAAGGGCCAUUACUUCGAGCCGUCCUUCAGGUCCAGGACCUUUAAACCGGAUCCUUUCAAGGUCUUACCUGCACCGGACCUGACGAUCGACCCGAAGAAUGCGGAAUACGCCAAAGAGCAGCCAUCCAAGAUCAAGCCAACUCAGGUCCCAGGUCCUGAGGUCUUCGAGGCCGGAAAGAACAAUAUCCUCGGGGAAUACAAUUCCCAGGCGUAUGCAGGGUCAUACCAAGAUGCCCAACUCGUCUAUGGGGACACCACCGGGUCCUACAGUCAGCCAGAUGGCUAUUUGGUGGAAUACAUUUCAGAAGAUGGAAGCCGGCUGGAACAAGUGAAGGAAUUGCGUGAGCUUCCCCCGGAUCUUUUGGAUCAGAUCCGAGCAGCAGGAGUGCUCAUGGAACCUGGUGCAUCUUUGUACGGUGAGGAGGGUGAUGGAGCCAGGCUGGCCAGGGAAACCGAGGAUUCUCCAAAAGCCGAGGCCCAGCCAAAAGAACAAGAAGAAACCGAAUCUAAGGAUAAGGACUCGUAA